AACCACUGGUUUUCCUCUCCUUCACUGAUGCUUGCCAUCCGUCGUGCUUCUAACUCAUUGGAGAGAUCGAGUCGUCGCUACUCAUUCAACAGCAGGGCGACGUUCACUGGUAUAAAGAUGAUGAGUGAACGCGAAAGGGCAGCUGAGAAUAUUUACUUCUCACAACAGGACGAGGCGCUUUUGAAGAAGAUUUUGGAAGAUAAUCCCGAGAUCGAGGUUGAGCGCGACCUCCAAAGAUCACCAGUGCACACAGGCAGCUCUAUACAGGAUAAGGUGAAAAUGCUGUUCAUACAAAACGGCAUUCCGCCAACAGCGAACCCUCCUCUAUUGGAGGAUCUUGUUCAGCUUAUUGCUGAGGAGAAAAAAGCUAGCAUGAGGGAUGCUAUGGCGGCAGAGGCUAAGGCGUAGCAACAUCUGAUAGAAAAAUAGGAAAAUUGUGUUUGUACCAGUGGUAGUUUAUCGUUCUUUCAUGGGUACAAUCUCCAGUAGUGGUAAAUUAUCACUACUCUUGAUCGUAGUUAUGUAGUUGACGUCAGUGAGUAGUUGACGGUUGGAAGGCGUUAUGAUCAACUAGAUUGGUGGAUGACCUCAAGCACAAUUACGCGUGGUAGUUGAACCUUUUCGUAUGAUUGCUGAACUGUUUUUACGCACUACGGGUAUCUCUUUGCUCCGUCAUCAUUAUCAUGAGCAUCCUCCUUAAGGAGAGGCUGAUCAGUGAUGUUGGUGACGGAAGAAGAGUACUAUGAGUGCAUUUUUUGAUAAUAUAAGUGGACCGUUGAGAUGAUGACA